AUGCGUAAUUCUGUUCCGUCGAGUCAUUCCACUCCCUCCAGAAGAGACCGUGCUAAACAAAAUCGGGAUAAAUGGGAGGUCUCUGGUGCCAAGGCUGUGCAGAUGGCUGAACGAUCCGCGGCUGAAUCUAAACGCCUCUCGGAAAGGUUAGAGAAAGCUUUAAGUGGGGAGAGGCAGAAAUUUCACGAGGUCAAUCAGGAGUUAGAGAAAAUUAAAAAAGAAAUGGCUCAAAUUGAACAGAGACUCCACGAUGAGAAGGUAGCUAGAGUCCACUCUGAACAAGAGCUCGAGACUCUCAAAAUCGAAAUGCAGCGCAAGGACGAUCGGCUCAUGCAGACCCAAGCUCAGCUCCAUUGCCUCGAAGAGGAAUACAAAGAUCUGCAGCAGCAGACUAAAGAAAGUCGCAUUGCUCUGGAGGAGUGCAGUAAACAGUUGGUCGAUGAGAAGACAAAUAAGGCAACUGCUUGUCGAGAGGUUGAGAGGCUUGCUGGCAAGGUGAACUAUCUUGAAGACAAAAUACAGAAAGACGAAGAUGAUUAUCAUCGACAGCAUGCUAUAGCAGUGGACACACUUCAGAAAGAACUUGAUGGGAUAAAAGUCGGAGCUAAGAGAGAGUUGGAGAAACUUAAGGAUGAACUGAGGAAGACAAAAGCCGAUGCAUACAGCAAGAUCAGUUCCCUGGAAGAGCAAAAAUCAGCUCUCCAAGCCCAGCUGGUGGAGCAAUGUUCCGCUGGUGGUGAAUCGGAUCAUUCUAGCAUGUCCAAAGACGCGCCAUCUGUUGCCAGCACACGUAAAGUAUCAAGCCCUAUCAGUGAGACGAAAUGCUUGAAGACGGUGUAA